AUGCAGGAGAAGCCUCCAGGCAGACUGCCCAGAGCACUGAGGGGGCGCAUGGGUGAAGCCAACACCCGCUUUGUGCAAGGCAAGCAGGAAAAGGCCAUUUGGCUGUGCUUGGACAUCAUCCGACAAGCUCCUCUGGCUUAUGAGCCAUUCUCUACACUUGCCAUGAUACAUGAGGACCAAGGUGACAUGGAGAAGUCCUUGAGGUUGGCAUUCACUGCUGCACAUUUAAAUCCCAGUGACACUGAAGAAUGGGCUAGACUGGCAGAAAUGUCCCUCGAACAAGACAAUAUUAAGCAGGCUAUUUUUUGCUAUACACAAGCUCUGAAGUAUGAACCUACCAAUAUCCAUUUUCUGUGGGAGCGGUCAAGUCUGUGUGAACAGAUGGGCGAUCGUGAGAUGGCGAUGGACGGGUACCGGCGCAUUCUCAACCUUCUGCCUGCCUCUGAUGGAGAGCGCUUUCUGCAGCUGGCUAGAGACAAGGCCAAAGGACACUGGCAAGCCAGCGAGGGUGCUUCCGCCAUUAGCAUGAUUGAAGAGGCUUUCUCCAUACCCCAGACCCUGAGCUCCAUGGAAGGUGGCAGCCUCACAGCUGGUGAAAAAGCUUUGCAGGUAACUGUGGAAUUUCCCAAAGUUGUACUAGAUGAAGAAGCUUCAGAAGAAGACCAAGAAGCUGUUCCCUUAGAAGAGGAGAAGAAAGGCUGUAGUGUCAUUUGGAUGGGAGCCUGUCCUUAG